AAAAUAAUUUAAUUGCAAAUGAAUAUAAUAAAUUGAAGGCAAUUUAUGAAUAUUUUCAAUUAAUUAUUUUAGACGAAUAUAAAAAUAAGUAUGAAAUUGCAAGUCAAGAAGCUGCCAAUAAAGUUUAUAUUAAACCUAAAUCGGAUAAAAAACGAACAAUUAGAAAUUGGGCUAAUACUUGGCUUGAAAAUAAUGUUAGCUUUCCAAUAAGUAAACAAGGAAAGCAUCCAAAAAAAAAUUCUUUAAUUGAAAAUUUAGAAAUUAAAAAACAAGUUGAAGAUUGGAUAGACUCUCAAGGUG